CCCCUUUAUCAAAACGAAACUAAAUGGUUGAACAGUUUAGGAUCGGUUUCAAAUUUGAAAAAUGCUGAAUGCGACUCAAGAAUAAACGACGGACAUCGAUCAAAUAGAUUGCUACGGUAAAGACAAUAUAGCCUUGAUAAUUUGUUCCUAUAUACUGCAGAAGUAGAUUUAGCGACCCCCGGGAACAGGAAAGUUAGUUGGCUCUACCUCAUAGAAACGAAGGACGCACAACAACAUACUUGACCCAUGGCAAAUGCGUCAUUGAAAGAGGUCUUUUCAGAUGUCACUCUCACUGUAGAUCCGAACACUUUCAAAGAGCCCAACCAGGUGAAGUACAUUCUCACUGGAUGUGGUAAACACAUUACAGGAACCUUGCAUUACGAAGUGCGUGGAUCAUUUGAUGAAAUAGAGGACCUGUUUGUGAAGAUGUCAAGUCUAGACAGAUAUGCCGCCCCCAAUCUCAGAGACAGUCCUCUUCGUCACCAACAGCGUCCUCGGUCACCUAGUCCAGUGAAACCAGUGGCCAUAGUUGGAGCCGUUUGGGAUUUCAUCCAACAGAGAUGCUCAAAGGAGUUGAAGAGAAUCCAAGGGGAAGACGUCUUAAUUAAUAAACCUCGUGACAAAAUGGUGGUGACCUUUCAAAGCCACACAAAAGACCCGGUUCGGGUUCAUUUCGCCAGAGAGCGCUUUGUCACGUUCUAUCAGAGACUCGCCACAGAUCUGAAAGUGAAGACUUACAGCUUGGAUCCACAUUACUACAAAAGCUUGCAGGGACAGUUUCCAGAACUUUUGAUUGAAGGAGGCCCCAGUAAAGACAAUACUACAGUGACAGGGCGCUACAUGCAUAUUGUGAUGUUGGAGGAUUUUCUACGGCAUGGCUCCAGUUCCCCUGUGACAUCACAACGAACCCUGACACCCCAGAGAGUUAGCCCCCGAGCCUCUGGUACUACACGCAACAAGCAAUCAGACGACAAAGAAGAAGAAGAGUCAUGUCCGAUUUGUCUGGAGACCAUUAAAGAGGACAGAAAGAAGACGUUGGCAUGUAAACACUCGUUCUGUAGAGGUUGUCUGGAGAAGGCGUUCGAGACCAAACCUGUCUGUCCAACCUGUGGGGCAGUCUAUGGGGAACUGAAGGGGACGCAGCCAAAGGGCGGGACUAUGGCUGUUACUAAGGAAAGAUCUUCUUUGUCUGGAUAUGACAAGUAUGGAACAAUCGUGAUUCAGUACCACAUUCCAAGUGGAAUACAGAAGGAGGAGCAUCCCAACCCAGGUCAGACUUACCAGGGUGCAUCACGUACAGCGUAUCUCCCAGAUUCCUCAGAGGGCAGGAAUGUUCUGGCUCUCCUGAAGAGGGCCUUCGACCAGCGACUCACGUUCACUAUUGGCCGAUCUUCCACCACAGGCAUGGAAAACAUGGUCACGUGGAACGACAUUCACCAUAAAACCUCCAGGAGUGGAGGCACCAGUUGCUAUGGAUACCCUGACCCCGACUACCUGAGACGUCUACAGGAUGAACUGAAGGUCAAAGGGAUCUAUUGACAUGUCAUCUGCAUGUCUCGCAACUACCCAUAUGCAAGAAUGAAGAAAGAGAGGUCACAAAUACAUCUGGUACACACAGCUGCUUCAGGUUGUGAAAUGAGGAUUGUUACAUUUCCCCAACAAGAAAACCAAAUAAUGUCACUAAAACAGAAGGGGUACUUAACAGUCACUGAUAAUCAGAACAAAACAGGUUUUAGGAGGGGUUCUGAAAGACAGUCAUGGGCGUGUCUCACCGUGGUAACGACACCCACCGUGCUAACGACACCCACCGUGGUAACGACACCCACCGUGCUAACGACACCCACCGUGCUAACGACACCCACCGUGCUAACGACACCCACCGUGCUAACGACACCCACCGUGGUAACGACACCCACCGUGGUAACGACACUCACCGGGGUAACGACACCCACCGGGGUAACGACACCCACCGGGGUAACGACACCCACCGGGGUAACGACACCCACCGGGGUAACGACACCCACCGGGGUAACGACACCCACCGUGGUAACGACACCCACCGUGAGCGCCCACUAGAUCUGCCCAAGAAGAGGCAAACAAAAGGCCACACACCAAACUUAAAAGGAAUCAGGAAACAAACAAAAACGGUGAGCAAAACAACAACAAAAAACAAGAUCAGACAAAGGAAUGUUAGACUAGAAAUCGCACAGGGAUCGCCCACUAAAAACAGAAAAAGACCCCCCCCCCAUCUCCCACUCACAGAAACCAUUCAGAGUAAAGAACCCCCCCCCCCCCCAUCUCCCACUCACAGAAACCAUUCAGAGUAAAGAACCCCCCCCCCCCAUCUCCCACUCACAGAAACCAUUCAGAGUAAAGAACCCCCCCCCAUCUCCCACUCACAGAAACCAUUCAGAGUAAAGAACCCCCCCCAUCUCCCACUCACAGAAACCAUUCAGAGUAAAGAACCCCCCAUCUCACACUCACAGAAACCAUUCAGAGUAAAGAACCCCACCCCCAUCUCCCACUCACAGAAACCAUUC